AAUACCAGAAGAAGAAACAAACAAUGAUUCGCGUAAUCGAAGAUACUUUUGGCACAGCCAUCAAUCCCAUGACUAAACAAACGGAGGAAAUAAAACGCUUUACCAUCACAAAUGGUAUGCAAAUGAAAGUGCAGGUUAUCACUUUGGGUGCUACCAUAACCAGCAUUGAAGUACCGGAUGCAAAUGGCAAAGUGGAGGAUGUGGUGCUGGGUUAUGAUGAUGUUGCAGGUGAGUACGAUGGAAAUCUGAAAAUUAAGAAUAUCGGAAUCAUAAUAAAGUCAAUUGAAAUUAUUUUUGAGAGAUUUUUGGACGGUUUGAAUUAA